CACACACACACACACACACACACACACACACACUCCCCCAGCACUGAGUGCUGAUUGUAGAACAGAGGAGAAAGAAGUUUGUGUGUGAAUCAGACUUUGAGGUGACCUGACUUCAGACACACUCACACACACACACACAGCUCGUCCCAAACCUCAUCAUGUCACGAUUCAGCACACUCUCAGCUCAAGAGAGAAAGAAGCAAGCAGCGGCCAUUUGCAGUGAAAUCCACGGCACAGCUAAUGGUGAUACGAUGGAUCUGGGGAAGAAGCUCUCUGUCCCUAAAGACAUCAUGCUGGAGGAACUGUCUCUUCUCUCCAACCGAGGAUCACGUCUCUUUAAAAUGCGCCAGCGUCGCUCCGAUAAGUACACCUAUGAGAGCAUCCAGAACGACGCUAACGCUGUCUUUAAUAAUGAAUAUCAGACUGUGGGUGAGAAUGCAGAGAACCAAACUCCAAAUGCUCCAGAUACCAGAAACCCAGCGAACCCUGAAGAGAUCGCACCAGGUUAUGGAGGUCCAUUGAAGGACGUUCCUCCGGAAAGGUUUAACACCACCGCUCUGCCUAAAUCCUACCACUCCCCUUGGGAGGAGGCCAUCAUCAACGACCCGGAUCUGGCCCAAACGCUGAAGCUCCAGAUGCCAGCUCCAGAACCCAGAGCCGAGAUACCAGACUACAAGAGCUUUAACAGGGUGGCCACGCCGUACGGAGGUUUUGAAAAAGCUCCUCGAGGAAUCACCUUCAAGGUUUCGGAGAUAGACCUGAACCCCCCGAGGUACCCGGAGCUGCAGGACCCCACGAUCAAGCGACCCAGCUUCAACCGCAUGGCUCAGGGCUGGAUCUCCGACGGAACUCCUCUUAUCUUCCCUACUAUUUCCGUCGAGCAGCUGGAGAUCCCCGAGUCUGACGACCUGUAAACACUCAACACAGCUGAGUGCGACAGAGCUGAUGUUCACCUCCAUUUAAUACCAUCCAUCAGCUUUACACCACUCAGGUCCUGCCCAGAGAACCAACAUCUGGAGCUCCAUAAUAUCUGUUCUACAAUCAUAGCUGAUUCAGUCAACAUUCAUCUCCAAACAUCUCCACACACCUGACCUACAGGAAACCUGCUCCAACAACAUACACAAGAUAAAAAGAAUCAAAAGUCUCCACAUAAAAUUCUAUUUUUUAAAAUGAUUUAAAUAAUAAUUCAAAUGUAAUAAUUUAUAUUUAAUUCACGUGAAUAAUAAUAAUACAUUUACAAUAAAGGAAUUUACAGCUUGUGUGAAUUUGAGAUGUGCCGAUCUGUUCAAAUCACAACGAUUCAAUAAAUAAUUUUCAUUUCA